AUGCCGUUUUUCCCUUUCUUUUUUUUCAACGUCGUUAGCCUCGAAAGUGAAAGUCGAGGGUCCUCACCGGAGCGGAGUUUCCGUGUGCCGUCCUCCUCGUGUGCGCCACACACGAGUUUAGCCACAGCGGAAGCUGGGAAAAGCCAAGUUACUACCGUGGAUGACGGCCACAUCUCGCUACGCCUCAAGCACGGCAUUCACACAAUCUUCAUGUUCGCAGAUGCACAGGCACCCAUGUCCGAAGUCACCAAGGAGCUACUUGAACUUCUGAGCGAACGAUAUCCGGAUGGCCUCACCACAGCUAUGGCACCGCAAAAGACUAUGACAAUCCCUGCAAAUCCCAAGGUAGCCUAUGGAGUUCUCAACGUGCCCAACGACCCCUCCAGGGGAUGGAAAAGAAUCAAGACUGGCGAAGAUGAAAGCAAAACUCCAACUGCAUGUGGAUUAAAGAACAACAGCAUCGUGGCAUUCACCUUUGUGUCAGACCCCGAAGACGGGGAUGUCUUGUUUGAGGUGGAAUGGCCAAAGGACGAUGACGAAAUGUACGACCAAGCAGGGUGA